AAAGAGACUUAUUUCAGGGAGAAGGUUGAGGAGAUGAAGAUCAUUCAGAAGCUCCGCGAGAGACCCGCUGGAGUCGACGUCGUCGGUUUGGCUCUUGGAGAAAGCGGUGCAUCUGAUGUCAUAACGUCGGAUCCCUUCAACAUGAAAACGGGAGGAAUGGUAAACAUGGCUGCAUUGAAGAAUACAAAACACAAGCCAAACGAUGCAUACGAAACUGGCAUUGGCACACAAUUUAACGCAGAGACUAAUAAACGCGACGAAGAUGAAGAAAUGGUCAAGUACAUAGAAGAAGAAUUAUCAAAACGCAAGAGUAAAAAUAAUAAUGAUGGGGCAAAUAGUGGGAAUAAUGAAAAGGGAUCAUAUUGCUCGCCCGAAGAAGCGGCGUUGCGCGCCGUACCUGAACACUUGAGGCAGAGCUCAGCCAAUCGUAGUGAGGAGAUGCUUUCGAAUCAGAUGCUCUCUGGUAUUCCAGAGGUUGAUCUUGGCAUAGAAGCUAAAAUUCGUAACAUCGAAGCUACCGAAGAGGCAAAAUUGAAACUUCUUUGGGAAAGACACAGAAAGAAAGAUGGACCCUCGCAGUUCGUUCCUACUAAUAUGGCUGUAAAUUUCGUGCAGCACAACAGAUUCAACAUAGAAGACUCAGAUUUCCAGAAAUCGCAGCAAGGCUCCGGCGACAAGAAGAAAUGCACCACCAAAGAGGAUAUCCGAGGAAAGCGAAAAGACAAUGGAGAGAAGGCGACGGACGACUACCAUUAUGAGAGAUUUAAAAAGCAAUUCAGACGAUUUUAAAACAGACUGUAUUAUUAAUUUAUCAUGUUAUACUCUUUGGGUACACUUAAACGUUGAUGGGUUUCUACAUCGAAUGUUUUUUUUAAUUGCAAUUAAAAAAAUCAAGAGACAGUACAAUGUUACAAUACAGUUUUAUUUUUAUUCGCAUACAUCGUUCACGUCCAUUUAAAGCUCGAAAGAUGUAUGUCUUACUCUCGUUACCUAACUCUCGCUUCCUUCUUUUUAGAAUAUAUUCUUUUGAUGAUUGAUGAUUUAUCGUAAAAUACGUCUAACUCCGAAUAUCUUUUACCGAAAUAAAUUCUGGGAAUGUUUAGGAUUUUUCGAGGGUUUUGGAAAAUAUGUAUUCAAAUAUUGUACUAUUAAUUAUUAUUAUUAUUAUAUAGUAAUUACUACAUUACGUAGUAGUUAUUACUAUUAUAAUACUGUCCCUACUUUACUAUAUUCUUUUUACUAAACGCGUGUUUAAAUCCCCUUAAUCUCCAAGCGUUUGACAUUUGGAGCUGUCAAACGGAUGCGACUCCAAACUAACGUUGUCGGUUUCUUGUGAUCACGGACGAUCUAAACGCCGAAUAUCUUCUUCCUGCAAAUAGCUAUCUCCGAGACACGAAGACGCUCAUUUCGACCGCAAAUUAAAUCGAAUCCCUCAACGCGCUGGAAGAUCUUUUCUUCUUGUUGAGGAAAGUCGAGUUUCAAGAGAUGUAUCGUAAAAGCCCCUUUAAAAGUCUCAUCGUCAGACCUUUAAAAGUAUCAAUUUCAGUAAUAUGCCAAGGUCCCCCUUCGCUCAUGCGCUCUGCGUUCUGGACCAACAUCGUAGGGGAGCCGGGAGGAGGAUAACGCCGGCGACAGGAAGGAGGGGAGGAAUUUGCGCCUUCGUCGCGUUGUACGUGUAUCUCUGUGUACUACGAGAGGCACGUUGACGUCAACCGACUGCUUGAAACUCACGGUCUUUACGCACAGUGGCCGUCAUUACUUUGACGUAUAAUUAUGAGUUGUGGAUUCGUCACCUGCGGCCCAAACGAGGCUCUCGUCGUCUCAGGUAAACGAGCGAGGAAUCGUCUCUCAGCGCCGCACAGAUAUCUCGUUUUCUCCGCAUAUUUCGUCCGCAUAUUUUUUCCCCUCCCCGAUUUAAUUCGUAGAAAAAGGGAAAAAAACAUGGGAGAAGCUCGCUCGGGCGUCUUAGAUAAUUGAUCCGCGUGACGAGACGGCGGUGGGGAAACGCGGGAUCGAUUGAGAACCGCACCUAUAUACUGUGCUUUAAUCGCAUUAGAAUCGCAAAUUGCUAUCUGUUAUAUGCAAAUAAUCGAAUACCGCUCGAUUGUACAUGUAGAAUUAUGUGCGGCUCGAUUCUUUUACUUACAUAUUAAUUUAAUUAUGUAUUAAUUUAAUGAACCGUUAUCUUCCUCGUGGUCCUCCG